AUGGAAGGGCAUAAGAAAGUGAGGAUAGACAUGUUAUUAAAGGUUAGAAUAUAUGAGAAAAAGGGGGUUUGGGAGAAAGUGAUUGGUAAAGGAGAGGAGAGUAAGGAAGCCUUAGCUAGUUGA